AUGGCAGGUAGGGGAAGUCACACUCCCUGGUUUACUAAGGGAGAAGCUGACCUUUGUCUAGACGACUUCGACUCCGAGAUGCUCUCUUCGACUUCAUCGUCUCCCACCCCAGGAAGUCCUCAGACACCAGCGGGAGGUAACGGGACAGCCAGGAACAGUAUACCAGCAAUGCCAGAGCUAUCGCCACCCGGGUCUCACGGACCUGCGACUCGAGAAGUAGCAAUGACAGGCUUUAACGAGAAUCUCAAGGACUCCGCUCCAUUAACCAGCAUCUCUGAGAAAAACGACGAGGAAACCGAAGAUUCCACGAGUAAUUUGCCAGCAGUACUGCGAGAGGAACCUGGCGCAUCGUGGAUGAACAAGAAGGCGGACGAAGAAGCGAAGAGGGCACUCGAGUUCGUUGUAGACAAGGACUUCAGCCUCAGUAUGUUUAUCUGGACGACUCUUUCUUUGCCUUCAGUAUCCCGCCAUAACUGGCCCAUCGAAGACGUUUAG